CCAGGCACACCGCACCAUUUCUUAAUCACGUAGUGCUAAACCCACCCCUCUAAAUUAUACCAGCACUUAGCAAGGUGUGCCGCUGUGCGGUUGCGAGCUUAAAACGUCCCACGCGUGGCCAUGGCGAUCGAUGGCGCCGUGUUGCAGCUGCAUCCCUACGCCAUGGCCGCGACGGCCGUGGCAUUGGCUUCGGCGUACAUGGUGUGGUUCUGGGCGCUGUCGCGGCGGCUGUCCGGCCCACGGAUGUGGCCGCUCGUCGGCAGCCUUCCCAGCGUCGUGCUGAACCGGGCGCGGGUGCACGACUGGAUCGCCGACAACCUGCGCGCCACGGGCGACGCCGCGACGUACCAGACGUGCAUCCUGCCGCUGCCGUUCCUCGCGCGGCGGCAGGGGCUGGUGACGGUGACGUGCAACCCGCGGAACCUUGAGCAUAUCCUGCGGGUGCGCUUCGACAACUACCCCAAGGGCCCCAUGUGGCAGGCGUCGUUCCACGACCUCCUCGGCCAGGGCAUCUUCAACUCCGACGGCGAGACAUGGCUGAUCCAGCGAAAGACGGCGGCACUGGAGUUCACCACACGGACCUUGCGCCAGGCCAUGGCACGCUGGGCCAACCGCUCCAUCAAGUACCGCCUGUGGCGUAUCCUCGACGACCACUGCGACGCUGCGGCAAGUGUGGACCUCCAGGACCUCCUCCUGCGUCUCACCUUCGACAACAUCUGCGGCCUCACCUUCGGGAAGGACCCAGAGACGUUGUCCCCCGGUUUGCCUGAGAACCCCUUCGCCAACGCUUUCGACGAGGCCACCGAGGCGACAAUGCAGAGGUUCCUGUUCCCGAGCUUGUUGUGGCGUAUCAAGAAGGCGCUCGGCGUCGGCAGCGAGCGGAGCCUCCGCGAGAGCCUCGCCGUGGUGGACCAUCACAUGACGGAGACCAUCGCGGCGCGCAAGGCGACGCCGUCGGACGACCUGCUGUCGCGGUUCAUGAAGAAGCGCGACAGCAACGGCAAGGCGUUCCCGGAGGACGUGCUCCAGUGGAUCGCGCUCAACUUCGUGCUCGCGGGGCGCGACACGUCGUCCGUCGCGCUCAGCUGGUUUUUUUGGAACAUCAUGCAGAGGCGGGACGUGGAGCAGAAGGUGGUGCUCGAGAUCGCCUCCGUGCUCAGGGAGACGCGCGGCGACGGCACAGCGAGGUGGACGGAGGAGCCUCUAAACUUCGACGAGCUGGAGCGCCUCGUGUACCUCAAGGCGGCAUUGACGGAGACGCUGCGGCUGUACCCGUCGGUGCCGCAGGAUUCCAAGUACGUCGUGGCGGACGACGUGCUGCCCGACGGCACGGUAGUGCCGGCCGGUUCGGCGAUCACCUACUCCAUCUACUCAGUGGGAAGAAUGGAGAGCAUAUGGGGGAAGGACUGCGCUGAAUUCCGGCCUGAGCGGUGGCUGUCGCCGGACGGCAGCCGAUUCGAGCCUGUCAAGGACGCCUACCGCUUCGUGGCGUUCAACGGCGGGCCGCGAACGUGCCUCGGCAAGGACCUGGCCUACCUGCAGAUGAAGUCCAUCGCGUCCGCCGUGCUGCUGCGCAACACGGUGGAGCUCGUUCCGGGGCACAAGGUGGAGCAGAAGAUGUCGCUCACGCUGUUCAUGAAGAAUGGCCUGCGAGUGCACGUCAAGCCGAGGGACCUUGCCGGCUACCUCGAGCCGACGGAACCGGCGCCGACGCAGGGCCCCUUCGUGAUACCGACCACCACCGCAGCCGCUGCGUAGUCCCGCCCGCGAUGCAUUGGUCUCUGAUUCCUGCUGGCUGGUGAAGUGGUGACGAGGUUGUUCUGCUUGUGCCAAAGUGAUUAUUGUCGUUUCCCUUUUUCGCAUACUCCUGCACUAGAGAGCGAGUGAGUUUCCUUGCGUACAAUUAGGAGCGUUCCUGCCUGGUGUCAUAUUGGUUGUACGGAUACCGUCGUGUGUGAUAAUGUGGUCAAGGUGGUGUACUUUUGUUGGGAUAUACUGAAUGCAGUAAUGGAAAUUGCAAUGAUGGUGUCAUGGUACUUAUGCAUAGCAAGUUGCAUGCAUUCCUAAUCGGCUGGAGCCUGAAGGCAAUC